GACAGCGGCGGUGCCAUGAAGGAGGACCGCGAGCGACCCAUCGCCCUGGGUUACGCCGUCACCAAACCUGACAUCCUGGCCGAGGUGGAGCGAGGGGAGGCGGCAGCGGGGCGCUGCGGGGAGCACCGGAGCCACCGGCCGCGCGCAGCAGCCGCCGGCCCUUCCCAGGGGGACUGGCUGGGGAAGGAGGUGAAGAGCGAGGAGGGGGUGUCCCCGCCGCCCGGCUCCCCCCUCUCCCGCCGUGCCGGCCCCGGCGACUUCCCCGUCCCGCUACGGGAACGGAGCUGCAGCUACUGCGGCGUCCCUGAGCCGGAGCUGAAUCCCAGUGCCGGUAACGGGGGGUUCAUCGCCCUGCCCCCUGCCUUCGAGAGCCGCCGCUGCCGGCCGGGGGAGCCGCCGCUCGAGUGCGCCGAGUGCGGCCGAGGCUUCGGGCAAAAGCCGGACCUGGUGCGGCACCGGCUGGUGCACGGCGGGGAGCGCGCCUACGCCUGCGGCCGCUGCGGCAGAGGCUUCACCGAACCGGCAGGGCUGGGGGCCGCGGGCAGCCCCUGCCGCCCGACCCCCUGUACCGGCCGCUCCCCGGGGACUGCUGAGGCGGGGACGGCAGCACCCCGGAAGGAACGGAAGGAGCUGUCGCUGACGGAGAAGGUGCGGGUGCUGGAGAUGCUGGAGGGCCCCAAGGUGUCGCAGAGCGAGCUGGCCAAGCGCUUCGGGGUGUCGCAGCCCCAGAUCUGCCGCAUCAUCAAGAACAAGGAGCGGAUCCUGAGCGAGUGGCACCGCAACGGCGACCCCGAGCGCAAACGCAAGCGGGAGGGGAAGGACGCGGCCCUCGAGGCCGCCCUGCUGCGCUGGGUGGAGGGCGCCCGCGCCGCCGACCUGCCCGUCAGCAGCCCGCUCCUCCAGCUCAAGGCCAAACACCUCGCCGAGGCGCUGGGCCGGCCCGACCCGGAGCCCAGCGGCGGCUGGCUGGCUCGCUUCGAGGCGCGCCACAACCUCACCUUCAAGAAGCCGCCGGCGGAGAAAGGGGAUGCGGAGCAGCCCACAGCCGAGCACUGGGCCGGCGCGGUACUGCCCGGCCUCCUCCGCAGCUAUGCGCCCUCUGAGAUCUACGCCUGCGGGGAGACGGGGGUCCUCCUCCCAGCCGGCUCCUCCGGCAAGGGCGAGAGCGCCGGCGACCGGCUGACGCUCCUGCUCUGCGCCAAUGCCGACGGCUCGGAGAAGGCCCCGCUGCCGGUGGGGGAGAGCCCCCGGCCCCGCUGCUUGCGGGGCAUCAACCUGGGGCAGAUGCCCUGGAGCUACCGCGCCGGCAGCCUGGCCAGCGUGACCGCCCCCCUCUUCGCCGAAUGGCUGCGGGAGUUCAACGAGGGCAUGCGACGGCAGGGGAAGAGCGUCCUCCUCCUCCUCACCAAGCAUGAGGCGCACCCCUACCUCCAGCUUUCCAACGUCAGGAUGGUCUUCGUCCCGCCGGCCACCGCCCUGGCCCAACCCCUGGACCGUGGCAUUGCCAGCGACCUCAAGGGCCACUACCGGCGCCGGUUGUUGAGGUGGCUGCCGACGGAGCGCGGCGCGGGGCAGCCGACCCUCCUGGAUGCCCUGCACAUGCUGGCGCAAGCCUGGGGCGACGUGCACCCGGGGCUCAUCGCUAGCUGCUUCCGUGCCGCCGGCUUCAGCCCCGAUGCCGAGGCCCCGGCCCCGGCGCCCGGCCCGCUCAGCCAGGAGCAGCUGGAGCGCCGCGCGCUGAUGGACGAGGAGCCGGAGCGCAACGGGGAGCCGGCAGAGGCGGAUGGGGAUGAGGGGACGGCGGAGGGCGAGGAUGUGGGAGAGCCGGCGGCGGUGCAGCCCUGCCCCUCGGAGCGGGAGGUCUGGGAGAGCCUGGCCACGCUGCGGCGGUACCUGGAGUGCCGGGCCACCUCGCCGGACCUCUUCCAGGCCUUCUACGAGCUGGAGGAUGCCGUGCACAUGGUGUCGGCCGGCACUGGGCGAGCCCUCAUCGGGGACAUGCCUCCCAAGCAGUGAGCGGAGCAGCCAGCACGUGCCCGGACCCGCUCGUGCCCGUGACAGGGACUGGCACUCAUCGGGGCCAUCACCGGACUGGCCUGGCCACUGUCCCCUGCCGCAGUGCCAGCUGAGUUGUGCCGUGGGGUUUGCUGUGGGUCCGCGUGGCUCGGGGGCAAAGGGGGUACCCAGUG